AGUUAGCAGGCUGGACUAAGUUGUGUACGCCGUGUUGGCCAGUUAGUUUCAGCGUCAAACAAGCUGUUAGGAGAAAUCAUUACUAUUCUAACAAACAGUGCAGUCUCUGUUUAGUUGCCGAUAAGGGAAGCCUCAUAUAUCCCAGUGUUUAAGGUGGGAGCACCGCGCUGUUUCCAUGGCCGUCGGCUGAUGUGCGGAGCGAUGCGGCACCACUGGCUGCUCCUCGGGGCUUGCGGCUGGGUGCUGCUCAUCCUCAUGUUUGUCAGCAAGUUCAUCAGCUUCAGGGCUAUAGAUGACUAUGGAGAGAGAGCUGCUGGUCAGAGCUGGACAGUGCCUGGCACCAAGCUGGUUAAACCCAAGCCUGUGUCCGUCGUAGAAAAAAGCCCUCCAAAGCCAUCGGAUCAGUCCUCAGCUGAACCCACGGUGGCAGACUGGCAGGCGGUUGCAGAAAGACGCAUCGAGCUGCUCUCAGCUGUGUGUAAGAACAGCAGCCUCAGGAAUUUGACUCACGUCUCCAUCAGCAAGUUCGUCCUGGAUCGCAUCUUUGUGUGCGACAAACACAAGAUCUUGUUCUGCCAGACGCCCAAAGUGGGCAACACUCAAUGGAAGAAGGUCCUGAUUGUUCUCAACGGCGUGUUCUCCACCGUGGAGGAGAUUCCUGAAAACCUCGUUCAUGACCAUGAGAAGAACGGCCUGCCACGUCUCUCAUCCUUCAAGCCACAAGAAAUUACUCACAGAUUAAGCACCUACUUCAAGUUCUUCAUCGUGAGAGAUCCCUUCGAGCGCCUCAUUUCUGCCUUCAAGGACAAGUUUGUGAAGAACCCUCGCUUUGAGCCGUGGUACAAGCACGACAUCGCUCCGGCCAUCAUCCGUAAGUACCGCAAGAGUCACCGUGACAGCGACCGCGCCGCCUCCGGCCUCCACUUUGAGGACUUUGUGCGUUACUUGGGUGACUCGGAAGGCCGUCAGCGCAUGGACCGGCAGUUCGGCGAGCACAUUAUUCACUGGGUGACUUACGCGGAGUUGUGUGCGCCGUGUGAAAUACACUACAGUGCAGUGGGUCACCAUGAGACGCUGGAACAGGACGCCCCGUACAUCCUCAGAGCAGCCGGCAUCGACCAGCUCGUGUCGUACCCGGCCAUUCCUCCGGGAAUCACCCGCUACAACAGGACCAAGGUGGAGCACUACUUCUCAGGCAUCAGCAAGCGGGACAUCAGACGUCUAUACGCACGCUACCAGGGAGACUUCCACCUGUUCGGGUACCCGAUCCCAGACUUUUUAUUCGACUGAAAUGAUUAACACUGACGUAAAGACAUGUUUUCUUAUGAUAAGCUCUCAACAGGUGUGUGGUAGCUGACUGUGCACCUCAGCGUCUUUGUUCUUACUUUACCAACUGCUAUUUUGGCCUAAAAUUGCUACUUUCUGCUCACAUAUUUAACUUUUUUAAGGAGAGAGAUGCUGGCACUGGAAACAGAGCAGUCAAAAAUGCUGAUUCAGCUGCAGAAUGUAUUAUUUUCUUAGGAAAUUUACAAUAUAAAGUUUGUGCAGAGCAAAUGAAGAACACAUGUGCCAUCUUAUGUUUACUUAGAAUGACUGGCUAGUCCUGACAUGCUCUGUAAGCCAGGGUUGUAAUGUAGCUAUUUAACUGCACUGUUCUGAUUCUGUCCAUGGACACUACUAUGAGUUUUUACACAAGUCUGACAUGUUAUGGCAAUCAAAGAUGUAGGCGAAGGCAGCCUGCAUCAGAUAUUACAGAUUUGAUCAGCAGAGUGAUUUAAAAGAGUUUAACACGACUUAUUUUACAUUGCUAAUUUAAAUAGUUUUAAUUUACCUAGCUUAGCUUCGAUUCAGAUAUUCGAGAAGAAUCAGAGAAGUUCCAGUCAGUCCCUUCAGCCUGCAGCCAUGAGACAGGCUGCGAUCACCGCCAUGCAAUCAUGGUCCAUUUAAACUCGCCAACUACAUGUGCUCUUUUUUUUUUUUUUUCUUUGCAAAAUGCACACUCAGAUUUUGAAGAAAGGAUCCCAAUAGAGAGGGACUCAUUUGUUUUCAUGUGUUAUCAUAAUUCUGACCAGAAAUGCUUUUAAUAUCCUGUCCUUCAAAGCCAACAGACUCCGUUUCCUAAUACAGCAAUUUAACCUCCCAUGUUUUUCCGCUCCCUCUGCUUCAGCUGAAUUUAUGUUUAUGCUGAUUGCCGAGAGCGGUGUUACUCAACCUUUUCAGCCUGCGACCCCCACAAUAAAGGUGUCAGAGACCGGGGACCCCCACUGUACUUGAAAGAGGUUGAACAGCCAUGCACAGUCAAGAAUAGUCAUGUGGAGACAAGGCCGUC